AUGAGACAUCUUUCAAUAAGUCAAUCACAAAUAAGUCGAUCUAAAAUUUAUACAUCUUCUCAUCCUGAAUCUCAAUUUCUACAAUUAGAUAAUGACAUUCUUGAAAUAUAUGAUGAAUUUGAGAAGAAUUAUAAUGUUAUUUAAGAAAUAGACAAAACUAAUACUAAGAUUGAAACAAAAUAAAAGAAUAUUGAAUAACCAAAAAUUAAAUCACAACAGAAAAAGUUAUUGAAAACCUUCGAUGGAUUAUAACAAUCGGAUCUUGAAAUCGAAUUUAUAAAUAGAAUUUAAAUAGUCAGAUUUAGAUUUUAUUACUUUAGAAUAAGAAUUAAAGGAAAAUAGUGUAAUAGUUAAUGUAAAUUAAAAUUUUAGCUCCAUUACAGAUCUUAUUAAGUUUCCCUUAAAAAAUUACAAGUACUUAAUACAAGCUAUUUGUUUCAACCUCAAUAGAAUUCCCUAAUAAAUUUAAUGCUGAUCAAUCAGUUUAAAGUAGAUUUGUAAAGAUCAAUUCUAAACAGAAUUCUAAAUUGUUUUUUGAAGACUAUGUGUAUUUAACAUUUUAUGGUGAAUUCGAUGCCAUCAUAGGUAUGUAAAUAACUUUUGGAGAGUAAUACACAGCAUCGAAUGGAUAAAAAUAAAUAUAAUCAAUGAUUAAUUUUGAUAUCUUUCAUGAAAGAAGAACCAUACAUCCAAAAGACAAGAUUCUAUAAAAUAUUGAAAUGGCUAAAACUAAGAUGUAGUCUAAAUUAGAUGAAAUGAUAAAGGCACAACGUAAUAUAAAUAAGUAUAAUUUAGAUAGACAUACAAAAUCUUAAGAAACUAUUUAGAGAUCAAAGUUGAUCUAGAAGGAAGUGAGAUAAACAAGAUUAAUUAAAUUAUUAGUCAAAGAUUAAAUAGCAUAGUUUAGAGAAGUAGAAAAAGUUCAUUAGAAAGAAUAAUAAUUAUAAAUACUUGUAAAAAAAAAUUGGAUAUUGAUAACAACAAUAUUCAAUGUCAGUAGAUAGAUUCAUAGAAGAUUAGAAGUAAAUUUUGUAUUAUUUUGAGAAAGUGAGACGCAAAUAUAAAAUUGCAGCAAGGGCUAAAUUAUUAGUAUGGUAAUUACACACAAAAGCUUUAAUUGAAGUAAGAAGAUAUGGAGAUAAUCCAUUUAUAAGAUCUUUAAGUAAAUCAUCCCUUGUUUUAUCUACUUUUACAUCUUACAUCUAAGAGAAAUGUCUUUAAAAAGCUGAAAAAAUAUUCAGUCAAUUCUUAGUAGAUAUCAUUCUUUAUUAAACAUUCAUAAACAAGCAUAUAUAAUUGAUUUCUAAAAGUAUCUAUUAUAAAUCAAUCUAAUUAGUAAAAUGCAUAUAAAGAAAUUAUAGAAAACUCAGAUUAGUCAGAAAGAAUUUUAAAGAUAAAUUUAUAAAAGCUUUCAAAGAAAAGAUUUAUGCAUUGUAUCAAGGAAGGGGAAGUGAUUAAAAACCUAAAAUCAAUAUUGAAUAGUAUAUUUCUUUGUAAUUCUAGACAUAUAAUAUCUAAAUUAUUUGAAGAAUAUUCAGCAAAAAUAAAACAUUAAUGGAUUGAUUCUCGAAGAGCCAUUAAUGUUUUGUCUAUAUUAAAAAAAGUAUAAUAUUAAAAAUAAAUGAUAGAGCUUUUCAGUCUAAAGAUAAGAUAUUAAAUUAUAUUCAUUACCAAAUGAAUAAGAGAUGUAAUUGAUAAUUUAAUAAUAUUACAAAAUUAAAAAAUAACUUAGCUGA